AUGGCUUUCUAGGGAGGGGAUAGGAAGAAAGUGGUCAACAUCCAAAGCAUCGGAAUAAGGAUUAAAAUUCAGAGGGUGAAACAUUAAGGUGUGAGAGUGCAGUCCUUCUUGCCAAGGAAGGAGAGGCAUCAGAGACCAUGAGUGAGAAUGGCCCUCAUACGGAGGCGCCUAUGUACUUUGAGGUGGAGGUGGCUCCGCUGGAGCGGGAUGACGAAGAAGAUGACAAGAUCCACUUUGGCAAAGACGGUGACCUAAUUGCUGAACCUUCGUCAUCCUCUGGUCGGGUCUAUGACCGCACCACGGUCCUCAUUGAGCGGGACCCAAUACGACUGGAUGAGGAGGGAGAAGAGGAGGGUCACUGUGGAGGGGAUGAAGAUGGAGUCACCUUCCUAACAGAGGGAGAGGGUGAUGGAGAUGAGGAGGAGGGCUCUUUGGCCUUUAUGACUGACCCAGAUGGGAUGUCACAGGGUUAUGUGCACCACACAAUUUCUCCUGACCAGAUCCAGUUCACAAUAAAUCCAGGGUCCACCCCAAUGCCACGAAACAUCGAGGGGGCUACGCUCACCUUGCACUCUGAGUGCCCAGAGACCAAGCAGAGAGAGGUAAAGCGGUACCAGUGCAUGUUCGAAGGUUGCACAAGGACGUACAGCACAGCAGGAAACUUGCGAACACACCAGAAAACACAUCGGGGCGAGUACACAUUUGUGUGUAAUCAGCAAGGCUGUGGAAAGGCCUUUCUCACCUCUUACAGCCUUAAGAUCCACGUCCGUGUUCACACCAAGGAGAAGCCAUUCGAGUGUGACGUACAGGGCUGUGAAAAGGCAUUCAACACGCUGUACAGGCUAAAAGCACACCAGAGACUUCACACAGGCAAGACUUUCAACUGUGAAUCAGAGGGAUGCACAAAGUACUUUACCACCCUCAGUGACCUGAGGAAGCACAUUCGCACACACACUGGGGAGAAGCCAUUCCGGUGUGAUCAUGAUGGCUGUGGAAAAGCCUUUGCUGCAAGUCAUCACCUAAAAACGCAUGUACGGACUCACACAGGGGAGAAGCCAUUCAACUGUCCUAGUGACGGCUGUGAGAAGACUUUUAGCAGCCAGUACAGCUUGAAGAGUCACAUCCGGGGUCACGACAAAGGACAGUCCUUCAGCGUCUCUCUCGCCCAUCCACUCUCUGAAGAUGCAAAUCACUCGCUGUGCCUCAGUGACUUGAGCCUCAUCUCUACAGACUCAGAACUACGAGAGAACAUUCAUAAUGCUCAAAAUUUGGACCUCAACAAUACGACCCCUGUGAAAAUCUUUGAGCUUAUGUUCCAAAGUCCUGAAAAUAGCAUCAGCCAAGAUGAUACCCAUCUCGGCGAGAGCCUUGCUGAGCGCUUCAGCUUGGAGACUCCCACCCAACCGGGAGUGACAGAAACCUCGUCUCUCAUCUCUUUCUCUGUCAAUCCUACCUCCUCAUCUUCUUGUUCACAAAACGCUGCAGUCAUGGAGGCUUCUUCCCAGCUCAAUCAGAGCUCUUCCUCCCAGACCUCCACCCCUGCCUCCAUCACUGCAAAUGUCAGCACAACACAGCCUCCUGCUUUCAUGCAGCUCAAUGGGCCUCAGCAGAUCUCAGAUGUGCCACAGGCUUCUGUCCGGCCACAAAACCACGUCACCCCCCAGCAAUAUGUGGCACUGCCACCAACAUUCCUACAGCAAGAUAGUACUACCCAGACCACUCCACUACCACCACCCAUUGCUACGCCUGCUCCUGCCCCCGCACUGACUGCCACAGCACCAGGUCCUGGUCCUGCUGUUGUUGCAGCUACCACAACAGAUGCUCUAGCACCUGUGGCUCAACCUGUGCCUUUGGCCAACAAUCCUGGUCCAAACUCUGGCCCUGGUCUGGCAACCACCCCUGCCACUAUCACCAUAGCACCCACACAGAACCUGCUGCAGCCCAGCUUGGUCAUGUCUGACCAGAAUCUCCAGUGGAUCCUCAGCAGUGCCGCCAACAGUCAGCAGAACCCAGAGCAAGCACCACAUCAAGGAGCUCCAAAAGUGGAAAAGGUUUUCUUCACUACAGCCAUACCAGUGGGAGGUAAUGCUGGUAACUCAGUCCAGCAGAUCGGCCUCAGCCUGCCAGUCAUCAUCAUCAAACAGGAGGAAUCCUGCCAGUGUCAGUGUGCCUGCAGGGACUCUGCUAAAGACAAGAGUGCAAAGAGUGCCUCUUCCAUCGUUUCAGCCCCAGCACAGCAGCAACCACCAGAGCCCCCUCCCCCGCCACUAUCAGAGCCUCAGCACCAUUCGGCAACUUCAUCUUCCUCAUGCUGCCCCCCCAAGUCUUCCUCCAAGGUGGGUGAGGUGACACUGGAGGCCCCCUCUUCUUCUUCUUCUUCCUCCUCCACAGCUCAGACUUUCUCCACAAUAGUGAGCAGCACUGCCACCAACCCACCCUCAUCUGACGGGUUAGCCAGUAUGGACGUCUCAGACUUCCUCUCCCUGCAGAGCCCUGAGACAGCCGCCAACAUUGAGGCUCUGCUGCUGGUCGCAGAUGACUUCAACAUGGCUACUGAUGGCAAUCCUUAAAAGAGCUGCCUUCGGA